GGUGCGCUUGCGUCAUUUCCGGGGCGGCGCCGCAGUGCUACUCCGCGGGGGGAAGAUGGCGGCGGUGCCGGUGUCGUUGUCGGGCAGCUUCCAGGGGUCUUUUGCAUAUUUUACAAUUAAGGACAGGUUGCCUCAAAUCCUAACUAGGGUUAUUGAUACUUUGCACCGACAUAAAAAUGAAUUCUUUGAAGAACAUGGAGAGAAAGGCAUUGAGGCAGAGAAGAACGCUAUAUCCAUCCUCUCUAAGUUAAGGAAUGAGCUGCAAACAGACAAACCAUUGGUUCCCUUGGAUGAUAAACUCCCUGAUGUUCCACUGUGGAAUCAAUACCUAGAAUAUCAACAAAAUUUAUUAGAUGGAAAUGAACAGCCAAGCUGGUUUCAGUCCCCUUGGUUAUAUGUGGAGUGUUACAUGUACCGCCGGAUUCAUGAAGCACUAGUUCAUAAUCCUCCUAUUGACGACUAUGAUGUAUUUAAAGAAGCAAAGGUUCACAGCUUCUUUGAAUCCCAACAAGCUGCUAUUGCCAUAUGCACUUACUUGCAGGAACUUCUUAAAAACAUUGAGGACCUAAAUGAAAAACAACUUCAAGAAGAAUUUUUUAAGCUGCUGCAGGUUUCAUUGUGGGGGAAUAAGUGCGACCUCUCCAUUUCAGCUGGUGAAGACAACUCUCAGAAAGCCAGUCCUCUAAAAUCGCUGGACAACUUGAAAACUUUCAUCUUAGUGGAUGAUAUGGAAAGCAUUUGGUCACUGCUUAUUAACAGCAAGAAAAGAAGAACGUCAAAAGAUGUUACUAGAGUUGACAUAGUCCUGGAUAAUGCUGGAUAUGAACUUAUUACUGAUCUAAUACUGGCUGACUUCCUGUUAUCAUCAAAGUUAGUUACUGAAAUCCAUUUCCAUGGAAAGUGUAUACCAUGGUAUGUAUCGGAUACUACAAAGCAAGAUUUUAACUGGACUAUUAAACAGCUGCAGUCUGCUAAUAAUAGGUGGAUGUCUAGGUGUGGGAUGAACUGGGAGGGCUAUAUUAAAAAAGGAGUUUUGGUUUACCAUGAUCACAUGUUUUGGACUCUGCCACAUGAAUUUUGUAGUAUGGCUCAGGUUGCUACUGACUUGUACACUGAGCUGCAGAAGUCACAUUUAAUUAUUUUUAAAGGUGAUCUCAACUACAGGAAACUAACUGGAGAUAGAAAAUGGGAGUUUACUGUUCCAUUUCAUCAAGCCUUAAACAAAUUUCAUCCUGCACCUCUCUGCAGCUUGAGAACACUAAAAUCUGAUGUUCAGGUUGGUCUGAAACCUGGACAAGGUGAGCAGUUUGUGACUUCUGAACCUGACUGGAUGAUAUGUGGGAAAUACGGAGUAGUUCAGUUUGAUGCAUCUUUGUGAUUCAGGUGCGAGGUUGAUAGUUUACCGAGGAAUAGGUUUAAUUUGCACUGUUUCAGAGAGCUGUGCUUUUGCUGUUCAAUUUUGGGCUCUUCGUUUACCUGUUUCUGGCAAGUAGCUUGUUACUACUGAUUUACAAAAGCUAAAGAUGUUGUGCAACAGUUUACAAACUUUCCUUUUAACACUCAAGUUAUUAAAUUGUAGAUAUUUUAUGAUCUAAAAUGUCAACAUCUGUUGACGAUGAACAUGACUUCAAUUGUCCCUAAGAAUACUUUAUCUUUCAGUAAGUAAAGAGAAUUAAUGCUCAGUGGAAGAUACAAUUUACUUGUGGAACUGGUUCCACCUUCGCAUGCAUUUACUGUUCCAGUACUGUUUGGCAUUUUCAAGUGCCAUAUGUUGCAUGGUACUUAGAUUCAUGCAUUUAAAAAAAUUAACGUCUGGGUUUUCUGCAUCACUGCAACAGAAGUCUUAUUUUAAAGCUGUUUGAUUUGUCUCUCACAAAGAGUAUUUUACAUAAAUUGACAAUGUUUUCUCAUCUGUGUGGUCAAUAUGUGCAAAUAGCUUUCAGAAUGGCAAAAACUAUUAAAAAGAACUAAGUAGGUGUAGUCAGCAGUGGGUUAAGGAAGGAUCAUUUGGGGGUGAGACUGUGGUCCUGUAAAGAAGACUCAGAUGCCCAACUGAGUCAGAGCACUAAGACACAAGUAGUGCCUGCCAAGUGGGGUAGCCUCCUCCCCCCACCUCCCCCAUGACAAGUUCAGACUCUGAAAUUGGGAGUAAGAGUCCAUCUUUAAAGAUGUGGAAAGAAUUGUUUGACACUGUGACAAGCCAGGGGUGUGAUUUCCCCCGCCACUUGUGAACACAUACUCAGUCUUGCUCUCACAGCCAAGCUGUGCCUUUACUGCUGCUAUCCUGUGUGACUGCAACUACACUGCUGUUUAUACUUGCACUAGCACAAUGAGAGCUAGCAUGAGUAUGUGUAAGUGAGCAGGGAAACCACACCCCUACUUCAUUUAGAUGUUAGCCUGAAUAUGGUUGUGAGGGAGCAGAUAUCUUGGUAAACUCAUUCAGGAUUUAUGCUUAAUCCUUCUUUGUAGUAGAGAGAGGGCACAGGUAACAAUAUGUACAGUUAAAGUUGCCUGACUUUCCAUUAGUGAUGCAACCCUAUUUUAGCUGCUUAUAAUACUGCAAGAUAUCUGUUUCAGAUGAAAUUUCUGUGCUGGGUGUCUGCCUCCUGCUGAAGAGAAUUUUUUUGUUGAAAGUUUCAGCAAAAAUGUGUCAGCUGUUCUCAACAAGGUUAAGGGAAAAAUAUUGAGCAUUCUUAACCCAGCAGCUCUGCACUGGAGAAGGAUUUUCCCAUGAGUUCCUCCUCUCAGCAACCAAAUGUUGGGAGCAGGAACUGAGCAGUGGUAUUUUCUUUCCUAUGCUAUUGUAGUCCAUACAGUGAGGUGGUGGCAGUGCUCUUAUUGUAAUAGAGGGGUGAGAAGCUAGGCCUAGGGAAGGGGUAGGGCAGGCGGUCUCAGGUGAGCUGGGUGUAGUGGGGGAGCUGCAUGUAUGGGCGGGGGGGAAGAGACCUGGGACAAGGACAGACUGGAAGGACAAGGGGAGAAGGGUGCAGGGGUGGAGAAGUAUGCACUGGGGUCUAACCAUUAUUGCACACGCUCCUCAAAACGUAGACUAAAUCCCAAAUUCCUGUGUUGUCAGAAAAUAGCAGCGCAACCUGUCUUUCAUCUCCCUCUAAUAGAGAGUGCAUGUGCAGGGUGACAACCUACCACUGCUGUGAAUUACUGUUAGCUCAAGCAGCAGAUAUCUGUGAGGUGGGUCUAAAGGUUCCUGCUCUGCUGAUGACUGCUUGGGUCUCACUGUAAGCCACAUGUUGGAAUUUUUUCCCCAAUUUGCUUUUUUUUAAAGCUUAGGAGAUUACAAACACAAAAUCUACAGAAAGAACAUUAAGGUUUAAAAACGAAGUACUCAACAGCUAGGAAAUACCAGGAAGAAUUGUCCCGUGGUUAAGGUGCCAGCUUGGUACUCAAGCCUCUGUUCUGUUGCCUGCUUUCACAGAUUUUCUGGGUUACUGUGGGUAUGUCACUUAAAGUGUGCCUCAGUUCCCCAUCUGUAUAAUGGAGAUAGCAUUUCCCUACCUCACUGGGGUGCUAUGAAGCACUCAGGGUCUGCAGGAAUGGGGGCUUAUAUAAGUGUCUUAGCUAGAAUUAAGCUUGCCUAGGCAACUGUCAUUCUCUUCCCUACCCUUGAGCAUAUGUUUUGAUCGUCUUUUAAGUACAUGACAUCCUAUAUUUUUGCACAGUACCUCUACCCCAUUCAGUGCAUAGGAUGGACAGUGCUCACUUGAAGAGCAGCUAGUGGAUUUCAUUUGUUGUCAUUGUCCAGUAUGUGACCCCUUGCUUUAAUUACUGUACACUAUUCAAACCUUGCUCUGAAUAUAGAAGUAUUAAUCAGAGUGCUUCUCAAAUAUUAAUGAAUGUUUCAACCUCUGGAGUUAGGUGGUGGUAUUCCCAUUUUACAGAUAGGGAAUUGAGGCAAAGAGACUAAGGUAAAAACAUACACUAACUUUGGGUGUACCAUUUAAGAUGCCUAGGGACUGACUCUUUCCAGAAAACUUAGUAUUUUAUAGCACUUUAUAUAUUCAGAGCAUAUCUCCCAUUUACUUCAGUUGCAGCUGUGAGUGUUUAGAACUUCUUCAGUCAGACCCCUGGGUAUCUUAUUGGCCACCUUGAAAAUGAGGAACACAGUGACCAUCUGUAAAAAGUUUGGUUUAGUGUCUUGCCCAGCAUCACCCAGGAACUCUCUAGUAGAGACUCCAGUUCUCUAAGGAGCAUUCCAUCCUCCCUAAACCAUGAAAAUAGCCUCUCUUCCUGCAUUCUCCUGCCUCAUUCACUACACUCCUUCCAACUUCUGCAACAAAUGAGGCAGGGAUCCAACAGCUAAGAGCAUCAUUAGCAACACAACCACUAUUCAUUCUCAGGACACAUCCUGUACACUAAAUGAAAGGUGGAAAUAAUGGUAUGUAAUAAUGUAAUUAAAGACGCCAUCAUAAUUUACACCCUAAUAGAGGCCACAUUAAAUGUACAGAGGCAACCUUAAUUCUGGCACUUCCUAAUUUGAAGGCUUAACUUUGCACCUUAUAAAAACGAUUUUAAAUGAUUGUUAUGUGAUACUGAAUACACAGUAGAACCGUAUUGAAUUGCUACUGGGCUUGCAGACUAACUAUCCUCUCCUAAAAAACUAAUGGUAUUUGUAUCCCAUGCAAACAUGUCAUAUAGACCCUACCUAUUACAAUAAGAUACUUCAUCAGAAAAAUGUGCUUAGUUGUUAGGAGCAAAGUAUAUUGUGAAGUAUUUUCCUAAAUGUUUAUUAAUCACUCCUUUGUAAUACGUAACUUACAGUAUGCUUAUGUCAUUAGGAGGAAGCCUACUCAUUCUUUUUAUUAAUGUAGGAACAAAAUAGAAUGAGGAUAUACUUUUAAUACCUCUGUUUAAGGAAAUGCUUCCUGCUCACUUACAUUAUAUCUAUGUAAUUAUUCUAACAUUUAUUGCAUUAUUAUAAUCUACAACCCACAGGGGAUUUCUAAACCAAUUUCUUGGGCUUUUCCUUGUGUGCUAUUUGAAUUUUCAUAACAGCGAAGGGUAUUUCUAAUCAACUCCAAGAUGAUCACCAGGAUACGGGCAUUUCCAUCCACCUUCUGAACAAGUGUAGCUCUAACUCAUACUUUUUGAAUUUUGAACUACAAUGGUGGCUCUUAUCUAUAAUCAUACAAACUCCAGGAAAAUCAUUUGUUGCACACGUAGUUCGCAGCCUCUGGAAAUCAGUAAGUCAACAUGAAUGUAUAAAAAGUUGUAAACAUAUUUCUUAAGACAAAUCCGGGUAUUAAAAACAUGCAAUACAUUUAUAAACUUGAAACUCAAGUAUGGGUUUCUUCAGUAAGAAUGAUUUAUGCUGAACUGUAAUUUCCCUUUCAUCAAAAUAGAUAUUGUUUUGUCAAACCUUAAAAAGAAUCUUCAGACAACACCUAACCUUUGAACACGAGAGUCUUACAAUAUAUUUCCAUUUGUUUUAAAA